AAUAAGUCCAUGCGUGACAUUUCCUGGCUACUAAAUAUUCCACGCUCAACUGUUAGUGGGAUUAUAACAAAGUAGAAGCAACUGGGAACAACAGCAACUUAGCCAUGAAAGGGUAGGUCACGUAAAAUGACAGAGUGGGGUCAGCACAUGCUGAAGCGCACAGUGCGCAGAAGCUGCCAACUAUCUGCAGAGUCAACAGCUAAAGACCUCCAAACUUCAUGUGGUCUUCAGAAGAGCUUCAUGGAAUGGGUUUCCAUGGCUGAGUAGAAUCCAAGCCUUACAUCACCAAGUGCAAUGCAAAGCAUCAGAUACAAUGGUGUAAAGCACGCCACCACUGGACUCUAG